AUUCGCCGUCUAUCUUGCAGAUGGCGGAGCCGGACAGCGGGCGCUGUUGUUAGCUAAUAUUCGUUUUAUUACUAAAUGAAAAGGAUUUAAUUAUAUCCUUUCAGAGCUUUUCAAUUAAACUGCUCUUUCAUUAUAUUUUGUUUGCACAUGUCGUUGUAAACCUUUUUAAUACGUGCGUUUUGUACAGUAUUUAUUUUGCAGCAAGUAGCCGGGUUAGCAUCUUUGUUGGAAGUUUAGGCCUACUGUGCCACCGCUUGUCGAUUUUAACAAUAGCUGGGAUUACACUCCCCUCUCCUUGUUUUGAUACACUCCAGGGAUUAUAUAUAAAGCAGACGGAGAAAGAACAUGAGAGAAAAACAGGUUUGGGUACCUUUCAGCAAGUGAGACAUUUGUUAUGUAGACGGACUUUUAAUUUUACUGGGACUGAAGACAUUUUGCGAGCUGCAUCACGAAAAAUAAGGAUCACAAAGGAAGAUGUCCAACGGCGCUGCAGGAAGCGGGGCUCUGGCUUGGAUGGAGGCUGCAAACGGCAGAGGUGAUAGUGUAAAGAUGGAAGGGUCCAAGAAAGACAAGGCAAGCUCCAAAUUAUCUGUGGAGCGAGUGUACCAGAAGAAGACCCAGCUAGAGCACAUUCUUCUCCGUCCAGACACAUACAUUGGCAGCGUGGAGCCCAUCACUCAGCAAAUGUGGGUGUUUGAUGAAGAAAUUGGAAUGAACCAGAGGGAAAUCACCUAUGUUCCUGGACUGUACAAAAUCUUUGAUGAAAUCCUUGUUAAUGCAGCAGACAACAAACAAAGGGACAAGAGCAUGACUGGCAUUAAGAUCACCAUAGACCCUGAAUCCAACACUAUUUCCAUCUGGAACAAUGGUAAAGGAAUUCCUGUGGUGGAGCAUAAGGAUGAGAAGAUGUUUGUCCCAGCUCUCAUUUUUGGCCACCUGCUCACCUCCAGCAACUAUGAUGAUGAAGAGAAGAAGGUCACAGGUGGAAGAAAUGGGUACGGUGCUAAACUCUGCAACAUCUUCAGUACCAAGUUCACAGUGGAAACUGCCUGCAAGGAGUACAGACAAAGUUUCAAACAGACGUGGCAGAACAACAUGAGCAAGACCUCAGACCCCAAGAUCAAGUUGUUUGACGGGGACGACUUCACCUGCGUAACCUUCCAGCCAGACCUGUCCAAGUUCAAGAUGGAGAAACUAGACAAGGAUAUUGUAGCGCUUCUUACCCGCAGAGCAUAUGAUGUAGCCGGCUCCUGCAAGGGCGUUAAAGUGUCACUGAAUGGCAAAAAAUUACCCGUUAAUGGAUUCCGCAGCUAUGUGGAUCUGUAUGUGAAGGACAAACUGGAUGAGACAGGCGUGGCCCUGAAGGUGGUGAAUGAAAAUGUGAACGAUCGUUGGGAGGUUUGCCUGACCAUGAGUGAGAAAGGAUUCCAACAGAUCAGCUUUGUUAACAGCAUCGCCACUACUAAGGGUGGCAGACACAUUGACUAUGUGGUAGACCAGAUUGUUUCUAAACUUAUUGAAGUGGUAAAGAAGAAGAACAAGGCAGGAGUGUCGGUCAAACCCUUCCAGGUAAAGAACCACAUCUGGGUCUUUGUGAACGCGUUGAUUGAGAAUCCAUCCUUUGACUCCCAGACCAAGGAGAACAUGACACUGCAGACCAAGAGCUUCGGGUCCAAGUGCCUUUUGUCAGAGAAGUUCAUCAGGGCUGUAAGGACAUUUCUCACGUGUUUUCAAAUCUCCAUUGUUUUUGGGUCAUCUAAUCUCACCUAUGAUGGUUGUACAUCAAUCAUGAAAGAACGCUUUUGUCACCCACAGGCAACCAACUGCGGAAUCGUGGAGAGUAUACUCAACUGGGUGAAAUUCAAAGCUCAGACGCAGCUGAAUAAGAAGUGCUCAUCUGUGAAGCACAGCAAGAUCAAAGGCAUCCCCAAGCUAGAUGACGCCAAUGAUGCUGGUGGCAAACACUCCUCUGAAUGCACCCUCAUCCUCACUGAAGGAGACUCAGCUAAGUCUCUGGCUGUCUCUGGUUUGGGAGUGAUCGGACGCGAUCGCUAUGGAGUGUUCCCGCUGAGAGGGAAGAUCCUUAAUGUGCGAGAGGCAACACACAAGCAGAUAAUGGAAAAUGCUGAGAUAAACAACAUCAUCAAAAUUGUUGGCCUCCAGUACAAGAAGAGCUAUGACGAUGCAGAAUCAUUGAGGAGUCUUCGCUAUGGCAAAAUCAUGAUCAUGACAGAUCAGGAUCAAGAUGGCUCCCAUAUCAAAGGUCUGCUAAUCAACUUCUUCCACCACAACUGGCCUUCGCUGCUGAAGCACACAUUCCUGGAGGAGUUCAUCACACCCAUUGUCAAAGCGACCAAGAACAAGCAGGAGAUGGCUUUUUACAGCAUUCCAGAGUUUGACGAGUGGAAGAAACAAACAGAGAAUUAUAAAACCUGGCAUAUAAAGUACUACAAAGGUUUGGGUACAAAUACAGGCAAAGAGGCAAAAGAAUAUUUUGCUGACAUGGAGAAACACCGCAUCACAUUCAGAUACAGCGGUGCAGAGGACGAUGCUGCCAUCACUUUGGCCUUCAGUAAGAAGAAGACAGAUGACAGGAAGGAGUGGCUGACUAACUUCAUGGAGGACAGACGUCAGAGGAGGAUGCAUGGCCUGCCGGAGCAAUACCUUUAUGGAAAUCAAGCCAGGCACCUCUCCUACAAUGACUUCAUCAACAAAGAGCUGAUUCUGUUCUCUAACUCUGACAAUGAGAGAUCCAUCCCAUCCUUGGUUGACGGUUUAAAGCCAGGUCAGAGGAAGGUGUUGUUUACCUGCUUAAAAAGGAAUGACAAGAGGGAAGUGAAGGUGGCGCAGCUUGCUGGCUCCGUGGCAGAGAUGUCUGCCUACCAUCAUGGAGAGCAAGCUCUCAUGAUGACCAUCGUGAACUUGGCCCAGAACUUUGUGGGUAGCAACAAUGUGAACAUCCUCCAGCCUCUGGGUCAGUUUGGUACUCGCAUCAAUGGUGGCAAAGAUGCUGCCAGCCCUCGUUACAUCUUCACCAUGCUCAGUCCUCUUGCCAAGCUGUUGUUCCCAGCAGUGGACGCCAACCUGCUCAAGUUCCUGUAUGAUGACAACCAGAAAGUGGAGCCAGAGUGGUACAUUCCCAUCAUUCCAAUGGUUCUGGUGAAUGGUGCAGAGGGCAUUGGAACUGGCUGGGCGUGUAAAAUCCCCAACUACGACCCCCGAGAGAUUGUCAACAACAUCAACAGAAUGCUCAACCACCAGGAACCCAUGCCAAUGCUUCCCAGCUACAAAAACUUCAAAGGGGUGAUUCAUGAACUGGGUCAAAACCAGUACCUUGUCAGUGGAGAGGUGUCAGUCAUAGACAAAAACACCGUUGAGAUCACAGAGCUUCCAGUCCGGACAUGGACACAGGCCUAUAAGGAGUCUGUGCUGGAACCCAUGCUGCAGGGCACUGACAAGACACCAGCUCUCAUCAACGAUUAUAAAGAAUACCACACAGAUACUACAGUCAAGUUUGUGGUUCGUAUGUCUGAGGAGAAGCUGGCCCAGGCUGAGGCAGUCGGCCUUCACAAAGUCUUCAAACUGCAGUCCAGUCUCACCUGCAACUCCAUGGUGCUGUUUGAUCACAUGGGCUGUAUGAAGAGAUAUGAUUCAGUCCACGACAUCCUCAGAGAGUUCUUUGAGCUCCGCCUGCACUACUAUAAACUGAGGAAGGACUGGUUACUAGGCAGCUUGGGGGCUGAGGCCUCCAAACUGUCCAACCAGGCUCGCUUUGUACUGGAGAAGAUCGAAGGAAAAAUUACAAUUGAGAACAAAUCCAAGCGUGAACUGAUCCGCAUGCUGGUCCAGAAAGGCUAUGAAUCUGAUCCUGUGGCUGCCUGGACCAAAUCUCAGGAAAAGUCUCAGGAAGAAGAUUACCGUGACGGAAAUGACAGUGACGGCUCAGUGGGCUCUGGCUCCUCGUCAGGGCCAGACUUCAACUACAUCCUCAACAUGCCUCUGUGGUGCUUGACUAAAGAGAAGGUGGAUGGGCUGCUGAAACAGAGGGACAUAAAGAGAGGAGAGCUGAAUGAUCUGCAGAAGAAAUCUCCUGAGGAUCUGUGGAAGGAGGACUUGGCCAUCUUCAUUGAAGAGCUGAAUAAUGUGGAGACUCAGGAGCGAGAGGAGCAGAAUUCAGGGAAGGCCAUCAAACUGGUGAAGGGUAAAGUGGGCAAACCUAAAGCGAAGAAGCUGAACCUGCAGGAGACAAUGCCUUCACCCUUUGGCCGCAGGGUGGAACCUCCAACUCAGCCAAUUAAAGCUGAUGCUGCCAAGAAACUGACCAAAAAGAAGAAGAGUGAUUCCGACCCUGCAGUGAAGUUGGAGUUUGAUGAUGAUGGUUUGGGAGGUGAGGGAGGAACAGGAGGAGCAGGAGAAAACUCUGUACCCAAACCCAAAGCUCCCCGUGUCAAGAAAGAAAAGAAAGAGCCUGGAGCUCCCAGAGUUAAAAAGCCUCCAGGACCCAAAGGUGCUUCUGCAAAGAAGAUGAAGAAGAGAAACCCCUGGUCUGAUGACGAGUCCAAGUCAGACAGUGACGUAGAGAACAGUGAACCUGUCAUUCCUAGAGAGACCAAGUCCCAGAGGGCGUCAGCUUCCAAGCCUAAGUACACGUUUGACUUCUCGGAGGAGGAGGCAGACGAAGAGGAGAACGGAGACGACGAUGUGGCUUCUUCCCCGGUGAGGUCGUUCAAAGAUGACUUCACUUUCUCCGGCACCAAGGACCGCUACAAUGACCACGACAACGACGACGACGAAGAUGAAGACAACGAAGACUCCUACCCUCCACCCAAACAAAAGACCACGUCUGCACCUGUAGCUAAAAAGAAAGACACAACCAGCAUCUUCUCAUCCAAGUCAGCCUUAUCUGAAAAGAGCAAUGACAGUGACGGGUCCAAGUCUGACAGCGAUGAUGACAACGGUCCAGUGUUCUCCACUUAUUCCAGCAGCUCUGCGUUUGACAAACUAUCGCCAGCAAAGAAAGCAGCUAAAAAACCCUCUGAUGCAGCUCCCAAACCGAAGAAACCACCAGCACCCAAAGCAAAGAAACCAGACAAAUCCAUCUGGGAUUCUGACUCCGACACUGGGUCCAAGAAGCCAGCACCAGCUCUUAAAGGUAAAGGUCGGGGGAGGAAGAGGAAGGGCUCUGGUUCUGAAGACGAGUACAGUCCGAUGAAGAAAGCAGCAAAACUUGUUGGCAGAAAGCCGCAGAAACCUCCAUCUGAUGACGAGGACGACGACAGCAACAGCCUGAGCGCCCUGAGUGCUCCGUCCCGUGACCGGCCGGGCCGCGCCAAGAAAGAGGUGAAGUACUUUCACGAGUCGGACAACGAGGAAGACGAUGACGACGAUGACAUGUUCGAUUAAAGCAACCUUCAGUCACGUUCAAACACACUCCACUCUUAUUAUGGAAGUUUCCUCCUCCUGUGUCCCCACAGACUUUUGUACAUUUCCCGUUCUGUUUUAUUUUCAUUAAUGGUGACGUUCAAUGAUUUUUAAUGUGUAGGUGUUUUACACUUUUUAUUAUUAUACAUAUACAGGUUUCUUUUUUUAUGCUCAUUGAAUUGUUCUGUAUUUGUCCGAAGCGGCUUUUAGAAGUUUAGAAUGCUGUGCUUUAGCACAUUUUAAUUGUUAAAAUACUAUGUAACUUUUUGAACAUGAGGUUGAAAGUAAACAAUGAAAUGUU